ACCAUUCUGACUUUAGUAGGUCAGCAUCACGCAUGGAGGCACCCGAGGCAGCGACGGCAGCAGCUCUUUAAAGUUUAAAUGGCGACACGGCUGAGGGAUGCCCUGAAACUUCCUCCAUCGCAGGGGCAUGGAAUUUCCUUUCAACGUUGCUGACUUGUUCUCGCACGAGUUCAACAUCGUCGAGCGGGACCUGCGGGUGAAAGAUGCUUCGGCGGUGCAGCCUUUGGAAGAACCCGCUAGCGACUUCACCAAAGACCACCCCAGCCCCACAACAUCGUCCCCAGUUUCGACGAGGAAACGCGAAUUUCAGGAACAGCUCGGCCGUGUCAUCGACGCGCUGGGAGAGGCGUCGCGCGCGGCGCAGAGCUUGUCCGCCGCCGUGACAACCACGGAGAAAUUGAGGUGCUCACGACAUCGCGUCUACAUCCUGGUUGAGUCCACCGCCGACGGGAGAGCACUGGUGUUGGGCUUGCUCAAGGUGGGCUUUAAACAGCUCUUCCUGCGGGACGAGCACUCCCGGCUGUGCCAAGUGCGGCCCCUGUGCCUCCUCGACUUCUACGUGCACGAGAGCCGCCAGCGGCAAGGCUGCGGGAGACGCCUCUUCGACUGCAUGACCAAGACGGAGUCAUUGAGUCCUGCCCAGCUGCCCAUUGACCACCCAUCCGAAAAGCUGCUGUCUUUCAUGGAGCGCCAUUUUGGGCUGGCCCCAGCGCUGCCGCAGAACAACCACUUCGCCGUUUUCCCUGGCUUCUUUGAGGGCCUCCGCCAGCUUCCAGCUCUUGGGGCAUUCCUUGGGACUGGCCUCCAAACAGAGCAGUCACCCCGCAACCGCUCUAGGGACCAGGGGAGGCUACCGGUGACCAAACGCAGCAGACCCCACUCCCUGGACUCUUCUCUGGUGGGCGGUUGCCUGGAGUGGACCUCCUACGAGCGUGGCAGUCAUAGCAGAUGCAGCAUGCCACCUCAAGAUUCUCAGGCUUGGCAGCUAUUGAGGAGCAGUGGAGUGGUGCCCCAGGAGGGUUCUUCGGAAGCAGCCCACGUUCCCGGAUGCUGGUCACCCAACCCCAGCUCUUGGGCGAUUUUCGGACUGGCGCCACCAGACUACCCAGGCUGCCCCGCCACUUCACACUAAAUCAGACUCCUGGCUAUUUAUUGCACAUAUCUAUUUACUUAAUUAUAUACUAAAGUCUGUACGGAGCGACGUUGUUCCGAAUAAAACCAAAGCUCGGUGAUGA